AUGUUCAACGACUACCUAGCCUCCCACAACCUGACGCGCAUGCUGCGAACGAGGAAGAAGACUGGCAGAAAACCGAAGGCAAAAGCUGGGAACGCAAGCAUUACCGCCAAACAGCAUCCUCGGCGAAGCUCGGUCUCUGUUCACCAUCACGACCAAUCUAACGAGAGCAGUACUCAUCCCGAUCACGGCGAUUUUCAACAAAGCCUCUCGUUCGCAGAGUACAGCGGCAUUGAUGAUCUCCCGGCUUCUGGUCAUGGACCCAACAUGCCGGACUGCUCCUCCGGUUGCCACCAACAAGAAGCCUCCAUACUUUCAGUGGGAGAAAGCCCCCGCGGAUGGAAUGGCCCAGGAUUGCGUGUCAACAUGAUGUCUGGACAGAUCGAAUACAGCGCCUUGACGGCGACCGGGACUUCCUACGCCGACGAGGCCAGCCUCAUCGAUCAACUCAAAGACGUGAGACUGUCCCCGGAGAGUGCGUUGGCAGAAAAGACCAUUCAAGUUGAGAUCCUAGGACGGGAGCUAAGAAGGCAAGCGGAACAGAGCGUCGAGGAGCGCCAGCAGGCCUUCGAAGAUCGGGAGAAGCUCAAAGCGGCCGGGACAGAGACCUGGAGGCUGUUGAUGCAGCUGGAUAAGGCAAACGAGUACAUCGCUGAGUUGGAGGCGCAGAACAGCAUGCUCCGUCAGCAGCUCCACCGUGCCGAUGUUCAAGCAGAUGAUUGA